AUGCCGAAGACAGGUGUCAGUGUGACCAAAACCACCACCACCACCACUCCCUUUCCCACCACUGUCAAAAGCACCAUCAGGACUAGUAUCUCCACCACUGCUAGCACCCUGAUGGCAACAACCAGGCAGGACCACGCCGCCUACCCGCGGCAGUACCGCUUCCUCAUCAACGAGCCUGAGGUGUGCCAGAGGCAGAAGCCCUUCCUGGUGCUCAUGGUGCCGGUGCACCCGGGCAACGAGUGGGCCCGCGAUGCCAUCCGGAGCACGUGGGGGAACGAGACCGUGGUGCAGGGCAAGGUGGUGACCACGCUCUUCCUGCUGGGCAGUCUGCACCCCGACGUGGCCACUCCGAGUGCGAAGAAGAGGGUAUACAACGAGAGCGCGUGGCACCACGACAUCCUGCUGAGCGACUUCGUGGACUCCUACCUCAACCUGACCAUCAAGACCAUGGUGAUCAUGGACUGGCUGGCCACCUACUGCCCAGGUGCUGCCUACGCCAUGAAGAUCGACUCGGACAUGUUCCUCAACGUGGAGAACCUCAUGUCCCUGCUGCUCAUGCCCCAGACGCCCAAACAGAACUACAUCACGGGCUACACCAUGUGGAACCGGCCUGUGGUCCGCGACCCCCAGUCCAAAUGGUAUGUCUCUGAGGAGCUCUACCCCAAGCCCAACUAUCCCAACUACUUGUUGGGGAUGGGCUACCUCCUCUCCAACGACCUCCCGGAGAAGCUGGUGCGAGUCUCCAAGGACAUCAAGCCCUUCAACAUCGAGGACGCUUAUGUAGGCGUGUGCCUGACACACUUGAAGAUAGUGGUCAGCAUUCCUCCUGACCCCUCUCAGUUCAGAGCGUACACGUCGGGGCCGUUCAAGCGUUGUGACUACGUUAACGUCAUAACCACAAUCUUGGGCUCUGCCAAACAACUGCUGGAGUACUGGGCGGGGUAUAAGGAGGGGGGACCCCCCUGUUGA